AUGUCACAGGACAAUAUCAACACCAUCGUCGCCAUCAUCCAGAAGCUCAUGCACAAGCUCUACACACAGCUGGAUGACUACAAACUGCAGCUCAUCAUCUAUCAGUCACCCAUGUCAUUCAACAAGCCCAGUUCACCAAUGUACAAGUUCAGCCUCCAUGGUUUCUGGCCAGGCGUCAAGGUCAAUGUGCAGGUGGCAUGCACCAUCUGCUGCACCAUCAUCCACCACCUCCACAAGGCCUUUGGCAAGUGGCCAGCCUACAAUCAAUGGGUGAGUGUGCUCAAUGAGUCAGUCUACAAGCCCAACAGCUUGCACAUGUUUGCAUCAGCCAAGGCCAAGAAGUGCCAUGCAUGUGGCAGCAAGGGCAAGACCAAACCCAAGGAGAUGGAGCUCAACAUGCUGCAGCACAACCUCAAUGCCCAGUUUGACUGCUGCACUCUACAUCAGCCCAAUGGUGUGCUCAUGGAACCACCCAAGAUGCUGGAUUGGGUCAAGAAGAUCAAGGAAUUGGAUCUCAUUGAUGGCCUCUCUCAAGAUGAGCUGAGGCGCCAGCACAUCCACAAAGAGCGCCAUAUCACAAAGGGAAUCAGCAAGAGGGAGCGAGUCAGACCACACAAUCCCAACUACAAGGUCAGCCAACAACCUCUCACAAUCAAUUGCAAUUGCAUCAUCUGGCUGCUAAUGGAGACCCUGUGCGCCAAACACCACUACAUGGACUGCAAGAGUGUGACAUCAGUUGAGUACAAGGCCACUGGGGGCUACUACAUCACCAAGACUGACUGCUGGUGGUGCCCCAACAAGGAGGCCAAGCACUGUUCCAACACCAUCUGGUUCUUUGUUGUAUUCAACACCAUCAAGACCAAGUGCUAUAAGCACAACAAGAUCAUCAUGCCCAGCUACUGA